AUGAGGCUGGAACAAAUCGUUGUAACCACUUCGUUCCUGUAUUUGUUAUUGAUCGUGGUCUUUAUCUGCUUCUACUUUAACGUUGGUAAGGGUGGCCCUUCUUGGGGGUCAACUUCCCCAGUGUUUGGAGGCGGUCGAACAUGGCUAUUUGCCGAUGAUGACUACUCUGAGAGGAUGUUCAACAAUACGAACCUACUAUCGGGGGAGUACAUUCAUUUGGAUCAGUAUAGUUACCUCAUAAACCAGCCGAAAAUAUGCAGCGACCAUCGCGAUGUCUUUCUGCUUACUCUAAUCACCACGCAACACAAAAACUACAAGCAACGAAACGCGAUUCGCGAUACGUGGGCAAGUAUCAGCGUACAUGAAGGUAAACAAAUCGCCAGUGUAUUCCUACUCGCCAAAAGUCAAGAUCCUCGAUUGAUGAGGCUCGUCGAUAACGAGAGUCGAAAACACCGAGACAUUGUAGAAUUCGAUUUCCAAGAGGACUAUUUAAAUUUAACUCUGAAAACGCUUCUUGGUAUGCGGUGGGCUGUUGACUACUGCCCUCAAUCGAAGUAUAUUUUAAAAACAGAUGAUGACGUUUUUAUAAACCCCUACACACUCGUUCAUAAUCUCACCGAAAUGCCGCGUCACGACUUUGCAUAUGGAUAUGCGUACUACAACGUCACCCCAGCGCGAAACGUAACUAACAAAUGGUUCACGACCUUUGACAUGUACAAAGGAACAAAAUACCCUCCAUAUUUGGUUGGCACCGGAUAUGUUCUGUCUCAUGAUGUUGCGGCUGAAGUCCUCAGUCUCGGUUCUACUAAAAGAUACCUAAGCUGGGAGGAUGUGUUUGUUGGGAUAUGUUUGGAUGAAUUGAAGAUACCGAUACGACACAGCAUGGGUUUUGACACGUUUUCGAAAUACACGGAUUUCAGAGAGCCAUGUUCAUUUCAUAGCCUUUUUACGUCGCACCGAAAAAAUCCGUUGAGGUUGCGCUACAUGUGGAAAGUGUACACAAAGUACCGGAGGGAGUGUAUCAGAAGAGCCGCCCAGUCGUCUCGGAAUAUUGUCGUUAGCUCAAAACGGACGCCGUGA